UGGUCUGUUCUUUCUCGCUAUGAAUUGAAGCAGAGAAUCGGUUGUGGGGGGCAUGGAGUGGUCGUCUCAGCGUUGGAUAGAAAAGUGAUAGGCCGGGAUGCCAGCGUGGCAAUCAAAAAGGUGGUGUUUGAUAGUACUAGUCAGACGUACGAAGCCAAAAGGCUCUUGCGUGAGGUCCGUUUGAUGCGUCGUUUGAACCACCCAAAUGUUAUCAGUUUAUUAGACGUCAUGGUCCCACCUCUCGAUUCCACGGGAAGUAGUUACCCGUGGGGGUCGCGGGAUAUUUACCUCGUUACCGAGCUUAUGUCAACAGACCUUCAGCACGUUCUGGCAAUCGCAAACAAGGCAGGGGGGACAUUUGCUCUUCGACAUGAACAGGUACAAUAUCUUUUUUAUCAGCUUUUGUGCGGUCUGCAAUAUAUUGGGUCUGCUGGUGUGCUUCAUCGAGAUCUGAAGCCAUCCAAUCUGCUUGUAGACUUGCAAAGUUGCCAAUUGCGCAUUUGUGAUUUUGGAUUGGCACGCACAUUUGCAAAAAAAGCUACGAUGACGGAGUAUGUAGUAACUCGAUGGUAUCGAGCACCGGAGAUAUUGCUCGGCGAUGUUCACUAUGGCCCCGGCAUUGAUGUAUGGUCAAUCGGUUGCAUCUUUGCAGAGAUGCUUGUGCCUGCAAUCGGAGUGCUAUUUCAAGGCAAUGAGCGACGGGAGAUGCUUGUACUCAUCAUAGCAAUGCUUGGCCGUCCAAGUGAACGAGAGUUGUGGUUUGUGGCGGAUGAAAGUGCUCGUAAAUUCAUUCAUUCACUUCCA